CAUUAAAAAUGGUAUUCAAAUUAAUUUUCGUAGGUAAAAGUAAAAAGGAUUCCUUCCCUAUCAUCCCACAGGCUGUCCAGGCGCCGCCGCCGCCACAAGCCCGUCCAGGCGCCGCCGCGACUGCCUACAUUUCUAUCGCCGGUUGUUCGAUUGACUAGAGAAAGCAGAUAACUUUAUUACUUGAGCAGGGGGACAUAAUUAUUCAGUGAAAAAAGAAGAAUAGACUCUGUUCCAAAAUACAAUUUCUUUGCAAUCCCGAUUGAAGGAAUUUUCGGCGACUAAAAGCAACAUCCUCCAUAGUUUCCAAUGAGUAAUCUUGCUUAAACCAUUUGAUAGAAGGCCCGAGAGCCUUCUUCAGCAAGGAGACAUGAAAGACUGGGCGCACACGCGAUCCCUCUGGUUCUUUCGCAAGGCCACAUAUUUCAAUGGAAAAGGUUGUAACUUCAGCUCGUUUGGCUCGAAUUUGGUGGAUGCUCGCUCCAUCAAGACUGGUUUUGACUUGGAGAUCAGUCGGUACAACUUCCAGCUCAAGCAUUUGGUUGCACAGAGCAAGCUCUCCGAGGCAAGCAAAUUGUUCGAUGAAAUGCCCCGCAGAAACAUAUGCUCGGUGAACAUGAUGAUCUCCUGUCAUGUCAAGUCAGGCAAUCUUGCUUAUGCCCACCAGUUGUUUGAUGGUAUGGGUGACCGGACUGCGGUGUCGUGGACGAUUCUCAUGGGGGGAUAUGCGCGAAGUAAUAAACCUAUGGGUGCUUUUAAUCUUUAUGCUGAAAUGUUUAGGUCGGGGAUGAAACCCGAUCAUGUGACUGUGACGACUCUUUUGUCGAGCUACGAUGAGACUGUGGCUAGAAAUGAUGUGCACCAGGUUCAUUCUCAUAUCACUAAAUUAGGAUUUGGCUGUGACCUUGGUGUUUGUAACAGUUUGAUUGAUGCUUACUGCAAAUCUCGAAAUCUUAGUUUAGCUUUUCAGCUGUUUAAGGAAAUGGUGGUGGGGGAUAUCAUUACUUAUAACACGUUGAUUACAGGGUACGCGAAAGAAGGGAUUCGUGAAGAAGCCAUAAAGCUUUUUUCAGAAAUGCAGCAUUUUGGUUUUAGGCCGUCGGAUUUCACUUUUGCGGCCCUUUUACAUGCAUGUGCUGGAAUGGAUGGUGCAAUCCUCGGGCAACAGGUUCAUGGUCUGGUGAUCAAGACAAACUUCCAUUGGGAUGUAUUUGUUGGCAACGCGCUUCUUGAUUUUUACUCCAAGCAAGAUUGUAUGGAAGAUGUGAGGAAGUUGUUUUAUGAAAUGAUGGAGCUGGAUGGUGUAUCUUACAAUAUUUUCAUCACAAGUUAUGCAUGGAAUGGAAAAAUUGAAGAGGUUUUCGAGCUCUUCAGAGAGUUACAGUUGAGCAAGUUCAGUAGGAGAAACUUUCCCUUUGCAACUUUGUUGAGUAUAGCGGCAAAUACGCAAGAUAUAGAGAUGGGAAAGCAGAUCCAUGCACAGACACUUUUGACGACAGCUGAUUCAGAGAAUCAAGUAGGGAAUGCCCUCGUUGACAUGUAUGCCAAAUGUGGCAGAUUUGAUGAAGCAGAUGUUAUAUUUAAGAAUUUGGCUAGCAAAAGCUCGGUUUCCUGGACAGCUAUGAUAUCAGCCUAUAUUUAUCUAGGCCUCCAUGACGAAGCCCUUAAGCUGUUCAAUGAGAUGCGAGGGAAUGAUGUCCGUGGGGACCAAGCAACAUUUGCUUCUGUUUUGAGAGCUGCAGCGAACCUGGCCUUAGUUUCACUUGGGAAGCAAUUGCACUCGUGCAUCAUUGGUGCUGGAUUUAUGUCAAAUGUCUUCUGUGGUAGUGCACUCCUAGACAUGUAUGCUAAAUGUGGAUCUUUGAAGGAUGCGGUCGUAGUUUUCAAAGAUAUGCCUGAGAGAAACACAAUAUCAUGGAACGCUCUGAUAUCUGCAUAUGCUCAGAACGGAGAUGGUAAAGCCACUCUGAGGUCCUUCGAAGAGAUGAUAAAGUCAGGUCUUCAUCCCGAUCCAGUUAGCUUUCUUAGUGUUUUGACUGCCUGCAGCCACUCGGGGCAUGUUGAUGAAGCGUUAGAGCAUUUCAAUCUCAUGACCCAAACUUACAAAGUUGUUCCAAGGAAAGAGCACUAUGCCUCGUUGGUAGAUGCCCUAUGCAGACGGGGCAGAUUUAAUGAAGCAGAGGUGUUCAUGGCCCAAAUGCCGUUCACACCAGAUGAAAUCAUAUGGUCGUCCAUUUUAUAUUCAUGCAGGAUCCAUAAGAAUCAAGAGUUAGCUAAGAAAGCAGCGGAUGAACUCUUUAAGCUAGAUGAGCUUAGGGAUGCUGGUGCCUAUGUUACCAUGUCUAAUAUUUAUGCAGAGGCGGGAGACUGGGAACACAUGGCAAAGGUGAAGAAGGCUAUGAGAGAUCGUGGAGUACGUAAAGUGGCUGCUUAUAGCUGGGUUGAAAUUAAACAAAAGGUUCAUGCCUUCACUGCCAAUGAUAGGACUCAUCCACUUAGUGAGGAGAUUACGAGAAAGAUAGACAUUUUGACGGAACAGAUGGAAAGGGAAGGAUACAAGCCUGAUGUUAGUUGUACUCUUCAAAAUGUGAGUGACAAACUAAAAGCAGAAUCACUAAAAUAUCACAGUGAAAGGCUGGCAAUUGCGUUUGCACUCAUAACUACUCCAGAGGGAUCGCCUAUACUGGUGAUGAAAAACCUAAGAGCUUGUGUAGACUGCCAUGCUGCUAUAAAAGUGAUCUCAAGAAUUGUUAAACGGGAAAUUACUGUUAGGGAUUGUAAUAGGUUCCAUCAUUUUAAAGAUGGAGUAUGUUCGUGUGGUGAUUAUUGGUGAUCUAUAUUCGUCCACACAUGAACGGUUAUACAUUGGUUGUUUUAGCUCAACCCAUUAGCUUCCUCGUUUGAAAGAACAAUAGUGGCGACAAGGUUAUAUCCGGACCAUAGGAUGACGAGGCUCCUUACGAGUGUCAAGCUUCUUGGUGGCUGCUCAGAUUCUGUUGAGAAUAUUGAUGCUAGGCUAUGCUCUUUCAAAGAUGGAAAAAGCACAAAGUUGUUCCCAGUAAACGUUUCGUACUGAGGAUGAGGGAAGCCUCACUCUUCCCCAAUGUACAACUGGAGUAAAGAAGUGCGACGUCUCUCCAUGAGUCCAUCUAAUAAAUGGAACUAUCCAAGGUGUAUUUAGCAGGCCAGGAGAAAUUUUUCAAACACUCGCAACCAGAGGACUCAACGAUGUGUGAGUACUUGUCGAAGAUGUCGGGACAUCCCUCUAUGGCAAGUUGUUGGAGUGCAGAUGUAUACUUAUGCAAUGUGACGUCUGGUUAUUGUUGAAAGUAUUCAUCAUCACUCGCCAAUAUAUCUGCUAUGCGCAAGAAUGACAUUUGGUAAAUGCUAAAACAACGUCUGAAGACAUCAGGUCAAUAUCGCGGUUGCUCGACGAGCCUUUCCUCACCAAGCUCGUAGCCACAAUGUACGUACCAAUGGGUUCUUGGUGUAGGAACCGGUAGAGGGUUCACUUAGUACUCCUGACUUUUGAGCUUGAUGAAUAUAUUCUAGCAGCUUUUGAAACACUUGGUAAUAAUUUGUCGUCAUGA